AUGGGAGAGGAACGGUCCGAGCCUGUGGAGCUCGGAGACAGGGGUGCCCCACAGGGGUCGGUCCUGUCGCCUCUGCUUUUCAACCUGGCCCUCCUGCCCCUGCCCGAACUGCUCAAUCAGAUCGAGGUCGUGGAUCACGCGUUCUAUGCCGACGAUAUAACGGUGUGGACGAAUCGCGCGAGGUCCGAUGCCUGGGCGGAGGAAGCCCUGCAGAGAGCGGCAACGACUGUCCUCGAGUAUGCCACGACCUGCGGCCUGAGCUGCGCUCCAGAGAAAUUGGAGCUGCCCGGAAGACCAAAGAAAAAGCCGUCACCUAACAUAAUUACCACCAUCGACGGCACAGAGAUCAAGCCAACGCAGCAGCUCCGGAUACUGGGCCUGCUGUUGCGCAGCGACGGCAAGGCGCGCGCAGCCGUCAACAAAAUCAAGGACACACCAGAGCAGGUCCUGAGCAUGAUCCGGAGAGUCACCAACCGGAACAAAGGGAUCAAAGAAGAAGACGCACUGCGCCUGCUUACGAAGGUGAACCACGCGACGCUGAACACGACGGUAAGGAAAGCAGUCACGCUCGCCAUGGGCAUCCCAGUCUACUCGUCAACGCAGAAGCUGCUGGACAUGGGUGCCCACAACACGGUGGAAGAGCUGGUGGAAGCACACCUAUCCGACCAGGGAGCACGGCUUAGCCGGACAGAGCACAGCCGGGCCAUCCUACGCAUGAUAGGAUAG